GCGGAGGAGAGGCGGCUCGGCUCCGCGCUCAGCUCCGCUGUGCCUCCGGCUCUGCGCUCACCUGCUGCCUAACCCUCCUUCUGUCCCAGGGCCCCGGAACAGGCCCCGCACCCCGACCCCAACCCCAACUCUUCCCAGACCCCCAGCCCCUACCCCACGCUACGCCACCAGGGGGCGCCGUGUGAGCGCCCUAUCCCGGCCACCCGGCGCCCCCUCCCACGACCCAAACGGGAGGGGGGCGCCGGGGGCCAUGCGGGGCCAGGGCCGCAAGGAGAGUUUGUCGGAUUCCCGAGACCUGGACGGCUCCUACGACCAGCUCACCGGCCACCCUCCAGGGCCCACUAAAAAAGCGCUGAAGCAGCGGUUCCUCAAGCUGCUGCCUUGCUGCGGGCCCCAAGCCCUGCCCUCUGUCAGUGAAACAUUAGCCGCCCCAGCCUCCCUCCGCCCCCACAGACCCCGCCCGCUGGACCCAGACAGCGUGGAGGAUGAGUUUGAACUGUCCACCGUGUGUCACCGGCCUGAGGGUCUGGAGCAACUGCAAGAGCAAACCAAGUUCACACGCAAGGAGCUGCAGGUCCUGUACCGGGGCUUCAAGAACGAGUGUCCCAGCGGAAUUGUCAAUGAGGAGAACUUCAAGCAGAUUUACUCCCAGUUCUUCCCCCAAGGAGACUCCAGCACCUACGCCACUUUCCUCUUCAAUGCCUUUGACACCAACCAUGAUGGCUCGGUCAGUUUUGAGGACUUCGUGGCUGGUCUGUCGGUGAUUCUCCGGGGCAGCGUAGAUGACAGGCUGAACUGGGCCUUCAACCUGUAUGACCUCAACAAGGAUGGCUGUAUCACUAAGGAGGAAAUGCUUGACAUCAUGAAGUCCAUCUACGACAUGAUGGGCAAGUACACGUACCCUGCGCUCCGCGAGGAGGCCCCAAGGGAGCAUGUGGAGAGCUUCUUCCAGAAGAUGGACAGAAACAAGGAUGGAGUGGUGACCAUUGAAGAGUUCAUAGAGUCUUGUCAAAAGGAUGAGAACAUCAUGAGGUCCAUGCAGCUGUUUGAUAAUGUCAUCUAGCUGCCCAGGAGAGAGCCUCGGUUGGCCCGGGGACCAUCCUCCAGCCCUAGUCUAGGCAGACUGCCCCUUCUCUUCCCAGCUCUGGCCGCAUCCUCGCCUGCCCUACCUUGGGAUCUGUGGGCAGCCGAGAGCCUGAGGAUCAACUAGUCCAGAUCCCUGAGUGGAGGGGGCUGCACAGUGGGCAGAUGGCUUCUAGGGGGUGUUCCCAACUCCAAACGGCUUUCACCCCCUCCUGCCUGACACCCAGCUCUUAGGGUGCCCCUCCCACCCUCACUAGAAACUGACACUAGCCAGAAUGUCUCCUGCUAUGGUGCUUUCCCCCCCUCAACUCCAUUAAUGGUUCCCCUGAAAUUCUUUGCUCAGAGAGCAUCUUCUGUUCUCCCCUAGCUGGCUCUCGCACUAGCCUGAGUGUCCUAGGGGAGUUGAGGAAUGGUGUGAAGAAUACAGACAGGACUGAGGGAAAUCUGGGCCUUGAGCUGUUAGGUCCUAGGAAGUGGCUAAAGGAGAAACCAGAAAAACCUGGGAAGAUAGUGAGCUCUCCUGCAUGGCCAGCUGCAGCUCAGAGUGCCACAGGUCUGCUAUCCCCAGCCGUCAGAAUAUGGAUUUCUGCACUUUUUGAAGACUUUAUCUUCUUGGAAACACUGCAGAAAUUUUCCAUUCUCUCCUUAGUCUCCUAGGAGAGCCUGGGAUCCAGCUCUCUGGCACAUCCCUGGUAUUCUGUCUUCUCCUACCUUCCUGUCUGUGUGGGUGGUGGAGGUGGCAGGGGGGAAAGAAGGAGCAUGGGAGAUGUCCUUGCUGACACCUACUGGAUCUGCAGCCCACCCUGCCUGUUCAUCAGCUGCCCUGGUGGCGAAAGCCCAGGUUCUCGCGUGCCCCGUCCUCUUGCUUUGGAUGGGUGGAGUGAAUCAGGGAACUGCCUGAGUCAAAGUCCUUUCCCUCUCCCCUUAGAUGACUGGGGAAGAAGGAGGCAGGCUUUGCGUCUGAAUGCAGUGUGGGGACAUUAGUUAGAAUCUUCCAGGAUCCUGGGCGCAGCCCCACCCCUUCACCCAGUUCCUCCUCAGUUCCCUGUGAGUCCACCCAGAGGACACACCUGAAAGGCGGGACCAAGGGACCUGGGUGACACUUGGUUGUCAGCACUCCUGCCAUGCUGCUACCCCUCAGUACACCUGCUUGUCCCAUUCAGCUCCCAACAGUCAGCCAGAAUCUGACGCAAGGCACUCCCCCAGGGGGCCCUUUUUCCUGUCAGAACAUCAAUUGGCUGCUUUGCAUUUUUUGGCUCUUCUAUAUAUUUUGUAAAAUCAGAAAUGCACCAGAUCUAAUAAAACACAAUGGCUAU